ACACCGGCGGAGAUAUAUAAGGAGCGACGGUCCUCAUGGCAGCCAGUAGGGAGGACGCCGUCGAGCUGGCAGCAGUUGCUGCAGUGUUCCGGCACCCGCUUCUGAUAGCAAGUCUAGCUUGCUUAAGCUGGGUGCAGUAUAUAUCUCUUGAAUGGUAGGCCAGUCAAAUUUACAUGCCUCACAAUCACAUGAAUAGCUUAGAUCAUGAAAAAGAUAAUUUUGUCUUCUGGACUUGUCAACUUUAAAAAAUGGCUGUUGAUAUGCCAUUAAUAACUAAAAAAAAAACAGUAACAAGGAGAAAAUAAUUGCUUUAUAGUCUUCUGUAAUACAUUUCUUGACAUUAGGAUAACAGCUAUAAUUUACUAGAAAAGAUAAUGAAUGAACACUAGCGCCUUUGCUGCAAUGCAGACCAGUACAGUUUAUGCAGCCAUUAGAACAUCUGCCAGUUGGAUUUGAAUCAUGCAACUGAAAUAUUAAAAAUAUCAUACACGAAAAAAUUGUCACAUUUUUUCUUAAUGUAAAUUUAUAAGUCUUAAACUUACAUCAGUAAAAUGAAAGUUGGUUCUACUGCAAAGUUUAAGAAGAACAGCUCCAAUGGACAAAACCUCUUCGUAAUGUCACGAGCCGGGCAAGCCGAAGCAGCACCAGUAGCAGCAGCAGCAGCAGCAGCAGCAGUGCUCGCAGCGAAAGAUGGGCAACGCGCGAGCGCAACCACAGCAGCAGGGAGGAGCAGGUAGCGGCGGCAGGUCGCCGUGCCUGCUCUACUUUAUCAGACGCUCGUGGAGAGCGGCUUUUCUGGUCGGCGGCGAGAAAGGCGGCGACGAUACCGACGACUGCGCUACCGACCUGUCGAGCGCCUCCAGGUGCAGCGGUUGCGCUUACCAUCGGCAGCUCGACCUCGACAGCAGCGGCGAGUCGGACGUCAUGGCACCCAACGCCGAGCAGGACCUGCUGGUCAGCGGCAUGCCGCGAGCAGGAGCUCUGCACCCGGCCAAGGAGCGACUGCGGCCGCCCACCUACAACGCCGAGGACUACGCGAUGGCCUUGCGUCGCUGGGGCCGCCGAGCGCUCAGCGGCAGCCAGCAGCAGCCGGACAACGGCCAGGGCACGCUGCCGUCCACGUGCGCCAGCUCCAGCUCGUCCGGCUACGCCUCGGGCAACAACGCCGGCGAGAUGACGCUCAGGCAGUUCACCUCCGUCAGCGAGCUGCUCAACAAGCUGCGCGCCGAUCUGCGACUCGCCUUCCCCAGCUUUGUGCAGGAGUUCGCCACGGCGCCAGCGGAGGGCGUCUCGCUGCUGCUGGAGACGCUGCGGGGCGUGCAGCUGUCGCAGAGCCAGCCGGCGGGAGCGAGCCAGGGCCCGAGGCGGCCGCGGGCGCGCAGGGCCGCGCUGGACGAGCUGGGCUGCGUGGAGUGCCUGGCCGCCUGCGCCGAGCGCUGCCCCGACGCCGCCCGCAUCCUCGCCCAGGCGCCGCCCGGCCUGCUCGCCCUGGCCGUCUGCCUCACCAGCAGCCUCAACCGCUCGCGCGUGCUCGCCCUGCAGCUGCUGACGAAGGUGUGUCAAGCGCAGGCUGGCCACGCGGCGGUCAGCGAGGCGGUGUCGACGCUCCGGCUGAGGUACGGCGAGGGCGGCAGGUUCAGGUUCUUGGCCGGGGCGCUGCUGGCCGCCAAGGCGGCGCUGGCCCUGCGGAUCGCCGGCGUGUCGUUCCUGAACGCCUUCCUGUCCACGGCCCCGACGACGCAGACCAAGCUCUACAUACAGGCGGAGGCUUGCGAGGCGGGCCUAGAACCGCGAGCCCUGCAGGAGUGGCUCAAGUACGUGGACGACGAGGAGCCGGCGAGCGAGCUGCUGCGGGAGGAGGUGCGCAGGUGGUCGAGGCACUGCGUCGACGUGGAGGCCCUGCAAAGUCGAGCCCGCCGCGCCGAGGAGACCUGCCGGUUGCUCGGCAAGAAGGUCGCCGCGCUGCAGCAGCAGCUGCACAAGCUCCAGCUCGAGCGGCUCAAUGAGUACAACAGCCGCCGGCAGCAGCAGGCGGCCGCCUGCUCGGUCGAUCGCUCCGGGGGCCGGAGUCGCGCGAACGAGAAGAAGGUGUUGUCGAGCGCGGAGGACGAGGGGAUCAGCUUCUCCGAGAGGUCGAGCAGUCCGGAGGAGCGGGCCGGCCAGGCGCGACGAGGCAGCCCCGGCGACAACGAGCACAGCCUCGACAACGACCGGGAGACGACGAUCGACGACGUGAUCGAGGAGCUGCGGACAAUCGUGAAGGACGCCGAGGAGGAGCUGCACGACUGGGAUCAGCUGCAGCAGGGCCAAGCGCCGCCGAGGGCCAAGCGCUCCCAGUUCGGCAAGGGCGCGGCCGCGGGCUCCUCGGCACCCGCCGGCCAGAGACCCAGCCAGGCCAGGGAGUGCCUGCGCAGCUCGGAAGAAAGCGCGCGCCUGGACCGACACUCGAAGAGCGCCGGCAGCCUGAGGAUCGCGGUGCCGGGGCCGCAGCCGGACGAGCAGCGCGAGUCGGCUAUCGUGCCGGCCAUCAUCCACCCGCAGCCGCCGAGACGAGCGCCGCCCUGCCUCCUCGCCGGCAACCCGCUGUUCCUACAGCAGGAGCUGGCCAACCGCUGCGCGCCCGACGACUCGGAACAGGACGAGGACCUGCUGCUCCUACUCGACGACGACGAUGACGACGGCAGCGACUCGCUGCUCAGCGCCUCCAGGCUCAACUACCACCAGCAGCAGGCCGUACAGCCAAGAGCUGCGCAGCGGCAAGCCGAGGCGGCCCCCUUCGGACGCAGAAGCGGCGACUUCCAGCUCGCGAGCCUGGCGGACUUCGAGAUCUCGGAGACGAUCCUCGACGAGCGCGUCUGCCGGCAGCCCGAUGGCAACAGCCACUCACUCGGCUCCCGGCAGUACUCCAGGUGCGGCAACACCGUGCAGCGACGCACCGAGCGCCGCAAGUACCUGCGCCGCUGCCAGAGCCAGGACCACAUCGAGCAGCAGGCCGUCAAGCCUGGCGGCGGCGGCAGCGUGGUGGAGCACAUCCGCAAGUUCGAGAGCAUGAACAGCUUCGACGAGCGACGCAGCCUGCCGAGCAUCGAGGACUCGCGGCUGCACCGCUCCGAAUCCUUCCACCAGACCAGGCUCCGCGUCGACGGCUCGACGCCCAGGCGCGCCGGCAGCGACGCCACCAGCCGAAGUCUGGACAGGAUCGACGAGGGCCUCGACGCCGCGCUGCUCGGCCGACACCGCGGCCAAGCCUGCCGAAGACUCUCCGGCGACGAGCGGAGCUCCGGCCAGCAGCCCGGGGACGAGCCGCAGCGCAAGUACACCUCCUUCCUGGAGAGCAGGCCCGGCCGACAGCAGCAGCAGCGCGACCAUUCGGGGAUCUUCGCCGGCGGCCGGUCGCACGACGUGCUCGGCAUCGGCAGGAGCCGCUUCAACGCCGGCAAGUACUCCGGCAGCAGUCCGCACACGGCGCGCCAGCAGUACGCCGCGCCGAGAAGCCGACACGGACACGCCUCACCGCCCAGACACGCCAGGGCCAAGGUUACCGACAUGCCGUCCGGCCUCUACUGAUGGCCAUCUGCCCUCUCUAUGACCCGAUUGUUGCCUAGCGUCUUCCCCAGAGCAGCGCCUCACUAUUACGGCAUUGUGUAGCCAGAUUAUCUUUUGAAUCUUACUUUUCUACUUGCAAGAAUCGAUCUACCGUUAUAUUAUAUAUAUAUAUAUGUAUAUGAUUAAGAGUUGACAAUUUCUUACGCUAAGAAUUAUUGAGUACUUUUUUUUUAUAUAUCAACAAAUUGUCUAUUUUCACGUAUCUGAUUCAACGUAAUUUUUGGUUUCGUUGCUCGAUUCUACUCCAACAGUCGCUAAUCUUCAGAGUAACUUAAUAAUUUUUAAAAAAUAUUUAUCAUAUUUUUUCUUGCCCGCACUUGGACAAUUUAUACUGCGUCGAGGUAGAAAAACGUAUAAUAAUCUUGUUAUAUAUAAUAAUUAGCCAUUUCACAAAAGAAUUGAAUUGAGGAAAGGAACGAUAGAAUAUGUACAUUAUAAGUCCAUGGAAUUUAAGAAAAUAUAUACCAAAUUUGAGCAAAUAA